GUGUGCGAGCGGGGCAGGAGGCGGCGCUCGGCAGAACUUGAUCCGCUCCGCGGAGUCCGAGCUGGAGCUGUCGCUCGGCGGCAGCAGCAGCAGCAGCAGCAGGAGGCUGCGGGUUUCGGCUCCAGCCCCGGGCGGAGGCGCUGAGCGGAGCAGACGGCAGCCGCGCGGGAGGAAGUGUUCAUAUAUGGAGAUAAAACCAUGAAGAGAAAGCAGAACGACUAAUAAUGCUUUUCCGAAAUCGUUUUCUGAUCUUGCUGGCUUUAGCAGCCUUAUUGGCCUUUUUGAGCCUCAGCCUACAAUUCUUGCACUUAAUCCCAGUCAACCCAGUCAAAGAAGAUGGGCUGAACCCUAAGAGCCGAAAGAGAAUAAUGCCUGAUCCUCUGACUGAACCCCCUGCAAUUGAUCCUAUUUAUGAAGCUCGUGUUUACUGUAAUGUUCCUAGCAUAACUGAACGCAGCAUGGAAGGUCAUGCACCACAUUAUUUUAAGCUUGUGUCUGUCCACGUGUUGAUUCGCCAUGGGGAUAGAUAUCCACUUUAUGCCAUUCCCAAAACAAAAAGACCAGAGAUCGACUGUACAUUGGUGUCUAGAAGGAAGCCGUCUCACCCUCAACUUGAAGCUUUUGUUAGGCAUAUGUCCCAAGGCUCAGAAGCCCAAAUGGAUGGCACCCUGAGCAGCCUGCCUCGUUACCCCAGUCAUUCUUUGUGUGAAAUGGGAGAACUUACACAGACAGGUGUUGUACAGCACUUACAUAAUGGACAGCUAUUACGGGAAAUUUAUAUAAAGAAACAUAAACUGCUAUCAAGUGAUUGGACAGCAAAGCAUCUCUACUUGGAAACAACAGGAAAAAGUCGAACCCUGCAGAGUGGGCUAGCACUUCUGUAUACUUUCCUUCCAGAUUUUGAUUGGAAGAAAAUUAACAUAAAACAUCAGUGGAGCACUAUCUUUUGUUCUGGAAGCUGUGAUUGCCCAAUGAGAAACCAUUACCUAGAAGAGGAGCAACGCCGCCAGUAUAGCUUAAGGGUGAAAAACAGCCAUUUGGAGAGAACAUAUGUGGAUAUGGCAAAAAUAGUAGGCAUUCCCACUAGGCAAUUAAGAGCUUCUAACCCAAUAGAUUCUAUGUUGUGCCAUUUUUGCCACAAUGUCAGUUUCCCUUGUACUAAAAAUGGCUGCAUUGACAUUGAACACUUUAAGGUAAUUAAGACACACCAGUUAGAGGAUGAGAGAGAGAGACAAGAAAAGAAACUUUAUUUCUGGUAUGCACUACUGGCUAUUCAUCCUCUCCUUAAUCAGACUGUUAACCGGAUGCAGCGCAUUGCAGAAGGCAAGAAAGAAGAAUUAUUUGUCCUUUACUCAGCUCAUGAUGUAACCUUGUCACCUGUUCUCAGUGCCUUGGGCAUUACAGAAGCCAGGUUUCCAAGAUUUGCAGCCAGAUUAGUCUUUGAGUUGUGGCAGGAUGGGAAAAAACCCAGAGAACACUUUAUCCGCAUCCUAUAUAAUGGGUUUGAUGUCACAUUCCAGACCUUGUUUUGCCGGGAGCAUAACAUGCAUUCCAGCAAGCCCAUGUGUCCUCUGGAAAAGUUUGUUCAUUUUGUCAAAAGGGGCAUGUUUUCAGUUUUUAAUAGCACUAAUUAUUAUGAUGCAUGUCGCAGGAGACCAUUUUAAAGGGGGGUGUUGAGGAGAGAAAGAAAUGUUAAUUUGUGUUUUGACACAAGGUCUGUGUGUCUGUAUUGGUGGAGGGGGUCGAGUUCACCUUUUGGGUUUCCCAGUUCUUGUACAUUAAAGUACAAAAUAUUGCUUGAAACAGAUUUUAAUACAGUUGUAUUUUCAUCAGAAGACAUUCUAGAUGUUCUGGAGUAGAAAAUAAUUUGCUAGGUUAUUUUAGUAUGCAUAUGAACACAUUUGCUAAAUUAUCUGUAAUUAAUUGAUAAGUUAAAUAUGCUACUGUAAACUGGACAUUGCUUGAAAAAGUUUGAGAGUAUAGGUUUGGUUCCUCUGUAUUCUAGGGCAAUAUUUGGACACUGCAAGUUACCAUUUAUAAACAAAAUGGGUUUUUUCCACCAUAUUAUCAUGAUAGUUUUAAUACAUAAGGAGCACACUGGAUCAAAAGUAUUUUAUGAAUUCCAACCAUCUGUAGUAUAGUCUUGCUAAAGAAAUCCUGUGACAGGAACAUCCUUCCCUUUGCCAGAAAUAUUAGGGGACAAGUUGGCGGAAAUACACGCAUGUGUUUGAGCAUGCGCAAAUGUAUGCAUGUUUUUUUGCACACAGCCUUCUGAAAACUUGUCCCUCAGGUAGGUAUGCUGGAUGAAUGGAUAUAAACUUCUCUUCUUUUCUUCUUUGGCCUGGUCCACACUAACCCCCCACUUCGAACUAAGGUACGCAAAUUCAGCUACGUUGUUAACGUAGCU